UUGUCAAGGAAUGCAAAAGAGCUUCGUGUUGAUGACGAAUGGUUGCAGUUGGAACAUAAUGCAAGCUACAAGCUGCAAUUCCACUUGGAUUUGCUUGGACCAGGUCGAUUCAAUACUGGGGCCUACCUGACGCAAUGGUCUAAAGAGAAAACAGCUGGCUGGAUUGUCAUUUUGGGAGAAAAGGACAAUGACCGGAUGAUAUCACUGUGUCAUGUGAGCGUCGCUGAAAGUGAUCGUGCUGUCCGAAUGGACUUUGUUACCCCAGACAAGAGAGGAAGAUGUUACCUGAGCGUCUUCAUCAUGUCCGAUUGUUAUCUAGGAAUCGAUCAAGAGCUACAAAUCAAAGCUGAUUUGAUUUAA